AAAUAGUACAAAGAAAAUGAAAGUAUCUGGAAUCCACUGUCAAACAUUUCUCUUCUUCAGUGUCAGUAGAAGCACAUAAUGCUGCGGUAUUCAAACAGAGCAGUGUGAGAAAGUGGAGGAGAUCCUGAGGAAGAUAAAUCACGGGAUGUCUCUGGGAGAACAUGAGGAAAGACUGGACUGAUGUGAAGCCGACAGACACGCGAUGUCUGUGAUAACAAGGACACUGACAGCUCUUGCUCUGCUUCAGCUGGCAUUAUGCAUGGACAUACCUGCCCCGGUAAAUCUGAACCUAUCCUCUCAGUAUUUCGUCCACACAUUGUCCUGGGAAAUGGGGCCCGGCUCUCCUGAUGGUGUCGUCUACACAGUCCGAAUACAGACACUCAAAAGGGGAGAGGUGGUGGUGAAUGAGUGCGUGAACGUGACGUCUCCUCUGCGAUGUGACCUCACAGAAGCCUUAUCUGAUGUGGAGGAAACCUAUUUCAUCAGUGUGUUUGCUGCUCUGGGCAGCCAGAAGUCACUAGAAUCACACUGCAAAGAAUUCAAACCCAUUCGUGGCACUACGUUUGAGGCGCCGCUGCUGACAGUCACAGCAUGUAAUCGUUCGCUCUGUGUGGUUCUCAGCGCUCCAGCUGAGAGACUCCACGAAGUUUACAAUUCACACAGGUUUCGCUAUAAACUGUCGGCCAACAGUGAAGAUGGGACAGAGGUUACUCAGUACACUGAAGGUUUAGGGAACAAGACCAUUCCCGACCUGGCCCCUGGCCGAACGUACUGCGUGAAUGUCUCUAUCGAUGAUUACCACGCACCCCACGGCACAUCCCAGAGACCGCCCGUGUGUGCCUCCAUCCCUCCAUCCCCACAAACUUCAAAUCACUCAGAUGCAGUGCUCUCUGUCGUCCUGUUUCUUCUGCUGAUGCUGCUGUUACUGAUUUUCACCCCCAGACUGGUUAUUCGUUACUUCUGCUCAAAACCCCUUCCUGCAGUCCUGCGUUCGGUUGUGAGUGUGAAGGAAGUUCUUCUCAUCACUGCUGCCGAGCCCGUUAACACUAUCUAUGAGGACCGAGACUUCGUCCAGAAGAUCAAGAGAAACGGCGAGGAAACAGACACGGAAGAAGAGACAGAGGAGACUGUGAAAUAUGAGAGAAUAGUGGCACAAUAUCUGGACGCUCAAGAUUCCUCGCCGAUCAUUUGUCCAGCAUCAUCCAGCUCGGAUCUGCUUAUGAUUCAGAGUCCCGAUGCCGACCCGAGCCUCACCUCUUCCACAGACGCUCAGAGUCUGAAUGUGUUUGAGGAAACCACUGAGCCAACAGCCUCUCCUCAGGAAACAUGUCCACUUCUCAGCAUAAGCCUGGUUUCGCCCACACAUGUGGAGGAUGAGGAGGAGAGCGGGACGGAUGUGAACCUGUUCUCAGUGAAGUUAGGAGGAGUUUCGGCAGAACCGCACAAAGCUGAACCUGAUCAAAUCCUCAGUAUUAAAGAUGAGCCGGGAUCAUAUCCUCAGAGCCUGUUACAGACGGACUCACAGUCCCAAACCUCCAUUGGGAAGUACAUCCCAGAGGGAGACGAGGAAGAUGAGGAGUGUUCAGACUACUUGAGUCGAAAUUAGAUUCCUGGAGAAAUUUACUAAAUCCUUGGCAUUAUUUCAGAGUAGAUGUGAGAAUAUUAACGUACACGCAAGCAUAUAAAGAUGUAUUUUUAUACUGAAUUGAUUUUUUUAUUAUUUGUUAAAGUGUUUUUAUUUUUUGUAUAUCAGUCUGAUGGAGAUGAAGAUAUACUGACGUUAUUUCUGGAUGAGGAACAGAACAGUGUUUAUGUCAGGGUCAACUUUAGCCCAGAGUCUGAAUUCGUUGUAUCAUCACCAUUACCAUUUCAUUUAUUUAGUCAUGUUCCCAUCACUUUCUGGAUAUGUUUCGAUCUCGAGUCCCGUUUGCACCAAUGAUAAUAACUAUAAAGUUAAAAUACUUGUUAUAAUUCGAUGAGAAUUUGCAGAAUUCACAUCAUAAGUAUAACUAUACUGAUAAUGAAUCACAAUUUCUUUUCCAGCCGAUGAAUGUUAAAAACAUCAACAGCCAAUCAGAAAAGUGCACAAGUUUAAAACGGCAGAUUACAAAACAUAUUUUAUAGCUAUGGUGUACGGGCCUUAAAUCUUGUGCUGCUGUUUGCUACGAACAAAGAAAACAUCUGUCUGUUACUGACGAUAUUAAUAAUAUUAGUUAAAGGCUCCAUGAACUCAAAAUGGACAGUUCUUAUUUUUUUAUUAAAUAUUUACAGUGUUUAUAAAGAAUUUACUUUUUUUUUUUUUUUUUACAACCAGUGAUUCCCCGCGGUUCAUUCACAUAAAGCCAUAUAUACUAUAGAACAAAGCUGAACUGGUUGUUUACAUCAUUGCCAAAAGAAGUUUAUUUCCCAGCGCUGUGAACUUCAUUACAUCCCACAUUUCUGUACGGCUGCUUUGAAACAAUGUGUAUUGUGAAAGGCACUAAACAAAUAAAAUGUACUUGACUUGUGAACAGUACUGCAGAAAUAAAACACAUUACCAUAUGACUUCA